AGACUAGUUUUUAAAAAACUGUAUAAAGCUGGUCUACAAGCUGCUAUUUAUAAAUAUAAGUUCUAUAUUAUAAAAACUAAGUUUUUAGAUUUUAUUAUUUCUACUGACAGAAUAAAGGUAGACCCGGAGAAAGUAGCAGUUAUUAAAAAAUAA